UAUGAUGAUGCAAUUUUCUCACGCUAAUGUUCAACAACGGGCGAAAACCUGUUGCUCCAUCAGAGAGAAGGAGAUGGAAAAAGAAGGGUUGAGGGGAAAAAUUAAUGAUCCAGACAACUGUGUGGGAUGGUGUAAACAUCAGCUUGUUUGCGAUCACUGAUCGCCGCGGGGGGAAACUUGAAUGAUCGUCUUUGUUUGUUGAGCGCCUAAUUAUCGUUUUCUCUCCCUUGAGGUUUCACUUUUUCUCUUUUUUUUAUCCAAGCCUCGGGUUUUAUUGAAACUGGUGCGUAGCCACGGCGGUUAGCUCUUGCAGGAUUUGCUGCCGUUGCUGCAGCUCGGCGGAGGUUUGCGGUAACCUCUGGAGCGCGUGCCGGCGUGUGCGCAACUCCACGUGCGCUCUACGCAGCAGAGCGCAAAACUAUCAGCGCAGCGCAGCUUGCAAUACAAAUGAAUGCAUUUUAAGGCGCGCUCCGUACUGCACCUGAUAAAGUUGCGUGUUCUUUUGUGGUUUCUGUAUUUGAUACUGAUGUCAGCGCGUCAGCAACUCGUGUUGACUUUGUGCCAUUUAAUCUGUUGUGGUGGACGUGUGCAAUUCAGGUUGAACUGCAAGUUCAACUUUGUCUUAUUCUUGUUGGUAGGUUUUGUCGCAGGAGGCAGUGUCGCCAACGAAGUCUUGCAAACUGUCUCACAGGACAGGAGUAGCAGAAAACCCUGCAAAGGAGCCAAAUCUGAGGGCCCCGGAAUGCACUGUUGCGCUGGGGAGCCGUACGAUCCAGAAACAGACACUUGUUGCAAAGAUAAAGGAGAGGAAAAAACAGGCAAAAUGAGUGAGAAGGUGUCAAAAUGCUGCGGACUCGAAGCUUACAACCCACUCAACGAAAUGUGUUGUGACUUUACUGUCCUACCUAAACCUUUUCCCAUGGCGGAGUGCUGUGGAAAAGCGGCCUUCAAUAGCAAAACUCAGCUGUGUUGUGGUAAAAACUAUACGAUCUUGGACAGAAGUUCUCCGGACCAUGAGUGCUGUUAUGGGAGUCAGUUCAACAUCAACGAAGAGUGCUGCUGCAGAGGUCAAAUUGAACGCAAGGUCUCAGGUUGCUGUGGUGAGAACAGCACCACUGUGACAGAAAUGAAUCCCCCUGCCAGUCUUGUUCAAGAGCAUCAGAGGUCACAUUUUUGUGGGUCAGCGUCUUACAAUCGAAAGACCGAACGCUGCUGCCAGAGGACACACAAAGACAUAAACACUCGAUGCUCCUCAGGUGUAAAACCUUCACCAACUGUUUACGACCCAAAGACACACAUCUGCUGUGACGGCUGUUUGACACUGCUGAAGCCCUGGAUGGAUCAGUGUUGUGGAGACGCACCAUACGGUGUGGCGCAGAGGGGAGUCCUCUGCUGUGAAAACCGCCUGUACUAUCAGAGAGAGGAUGGAGAGGAGUGUUCGGAGAGCGGAGUACCUUACAAACCCUUUGCAGAGACCGUGUGUGCUCAGAAGCGGCACAAGUCACCUGGAGGGCACUGCUGUGGGGAGGAACUCUACCAGCCCAACAAAACUGUUUGCUGCAAAGGACAUAGAUACGAUCGAGGAAAACACAUUCGCUGCUGCGGCAUUCAUGCCUACAACAUUUCGGACCCACUAAAGAAGUGCUGCGAAGGAACUCUGCAUAACUUGACGAUUGGGGAAGAAAAUGUCCUGGAGUGCUGUGGAUCCAAGCUGCUGAACCCAACAAACCAGGAAGUUUGCUGCACCGGUGAGGAACAGUCCUUGUUCUAUCCAGCAAAGGAUGGAUUUCAGUGCUGCGGUCACCAAUACUACGACUCUACUCUGUGGUCAUGCUGCGUGGGCAAGCUCAGUCCAGUACACCAUCAGAUCACCCAUAUACGACCCACCCCGAAAGAAUCCAAACUUCAACUGGUGAACAAUCUGAACAAAACGCAGCUUUGCAAUGAAGUGUUCAUUGGGGUUGUGGAAAGCGUGUCUCGGAGCAGCACCGUGUUCAGCAACGUGCUGAAAAUCAAAGGGAAGGAGGCCACAGUGGAACCAGAUGUUUUCAUCCUGGAAACACCGGAUCAGUGCAAGUUCUUCAAACUGACUGCCGGAAAGACCUACUUCUUCAAUCACGCCGACGUCUUCACUGAUUUCAACCACGAGUCCGUCCUGCAGUCUCUGCAUUUCAUUCUGUCCAAAUGUUCCCAGUAGGUCGCCACUGGUUGGUCUGACCCUACGCCUUUUCCCAAAACCUUGUAGCUCUAACUUUUACUUUAAGCUCAUAUUUCCAUGUCAGAAAGUAAGUUUACUUUAACAGUCUCAUAAUGUAAAAUGCCUCUUUACAUUUAUUACCGUAAUCUGACAAAGGCUACAGUAGAGGGUCGAUCCAAACAUCAUAAUGGUUUGGAGACAAAGAAGCUAGCUUAAAAAGAGUAGGUGUUCUGAGAGAACAUUAAAAACUUGUUUUUAUAAGCUAAACUGCUGCCAGCUAAUGUGUUUAUUAGAAAUAUAUUUUUCCAUUUUGAAUAUAUGCUAUUUUUUCUCUUUUUUUAUGCACUGAUUGGAUUUGUACCGCACUCUUGACAAUUGAAUGUUGAAAUAUUUAAAAGAUUUAUUUUAACUUACUCAAUAAAGCUAAAGAGAUUUUUAAUAAAUAAUAUCAAGGGUGGUGAUUCUGCCCCAGGCCUGUUUUAUUACCUCAGCCAUCCGAAGAAAAAUCGACUUAUGUCAGUUUGCAUCAAGUAAUUAUAUUGUCAUUUUGGUAGCAUCUCAAACAAAUGUGAUCUUCAGGAGAAGAGAUGGCAGCGCCUUAAAUUUGUUUUGCUAUUUCAUUUCUUUCUGCUGUUUAAAUGUGAACAACCAGACAAAGCUGAAACUAAGAGAAGCUUAGUGAUUGUCUACUUUUAUCAUUACUAACAUUUGUUUUUGUGUUGCAUGUUGAAAACAAAGACAAAUGUACUGGUGGUGCUUUUCAUUUUGUAAUAAAUCUUAA